GCAUAUGUUUCAAUGGCCUUAGUCCGGUGUCAGUCGCUUAAUCGGUUUCCACGGUAUCGGAACUCUCGGUGCGAGCUACAGUGCAUUCCGGUUUUGGAUUAAUCAACAAAUCGACGACGACAACGACGACGACGACUGCUGCGACGUCAGAGACUAUUUUAAAUUCAAAACAAGACAAAAAUCCCAAUCGAAUACGGAAAAAUUCGCAUAAAUUAAACUGUUCUCAAUCAUACUGAGCUGCGAAUCAAUAUCCAUAUAGCUUAUAAGACAUAUCAAUAUCAAUUUCUAAAGUAGCGAAAACAAAGGAAUCGCAAGAUGAAUGUCAUAGAUGGUGUCUGCCGUCUUCUAGCUGCAAUACUCUUGCUGGGCUCCAUUGCAUGGGCUCAGCAACAGCGCUUUCCACAACUUUCCGUUGGCAACGCUUUGCAGCCAUUGACGCCGCCUGCGGCUUUUCAGCCUCAGAGCAGUCCCGAAUAUGCCCUGCGCUCCAAUUUCGAUGAGGCGACGCUGCGCAGCGUGGCACAGAGCGCUCAACAGUUCGGACUCGACUUCCUCAAUCGCAUCUCCGCUGUGGUGGCAACGAGGAACACAGACUUUAUGAUAUCUCCCUUCUCGGUUUGGUCUCUGCUGAUACUGCUGUACGAGGGCGCCGGCGGGCAGACUUAUGAGCAACUGCGUCGAGCCCUGCGCAUCAAUGUGGAAGACGAGAAGCUGCGUUCCGUCUAUCGUGUGUGGAGCAAAUAUCUCAACACAAACACCUCCACAAUUGAGGUAGCUUCUCUGCAGGCCUUGUACACGGACUCAAAGACGCCGAUUAGGAGCACUUAUAAAGAGGUUUCGCAAUCAUAUGGAGUGCAGCCAGAAGAGGUGGAUUUCUACAAUCGCGAGACAAUAUUCCAUAUCAACGAUGCCACGAAUCGUUCCACUCGUGGCCUUAUACCGUAUGCCGUGCUGCCUCAGGAGAUUUAUGGCGCUAAGAUGUUUAUGCUAUCGUCGCUGUUCUUCAAGGGCCAGUGGAAGUAUCCCUUCAAUGAAAGUCUCACACACACGGAGCCCUUCUUUAAUGAACAGGGAGAAGUUGUUAACCAGGUAUCCAUGAUGUCGCAGGAGGGCAACUUUGGCUAUGUCACCAACAUUGAGGGCUUGGAUGGUUACGUUUUAGAGCUGCCUUAUGGCGAACAGAAUCGUCUCUCUAUGAUUGUUGUGCUACCGAAACGCGGCUUCAAUCUUAAUGAUGUAACCAAAAACCUAAUGGACUUUGGUCUUGCGCCGGUUUUGAAGCGUCUCGAAAACUUUGCACGCAACGCUGAUGAGGACAAUGUGGUGGAAGUUUUAAUGCCCAAGUUUACAACAACGACCGACUUUAACUUAAGGCAAGUCCUUCAAGAGAUGGGCAUCCAGGAUCUGUUUGAUCAAAGUCGCUCAAAUCUUAGUCGCAUGGCCGAUGGUUUGUUCGCUAAGCUUUGUGUGCAUGCCACCAAAAUCAUCGUGGAUGAGAAGGGCACCACAGCAGCGGCUGUAACUUCGGCGGUGCUGAGCAACAAGUCAUCGCCGCCAAGGUUCCUGUUGAACAAACCUUUCCUCUACAUGAUUGUGGAUAAGUCAACCAGUUUGCUGCUCUUCGCUGGCCAAGUGAGAAAUCCAAAGGCGGCUUAAGUCAAGUUAAUUUUUUGUUUAAUGACAUAACCUAAAUAAACUAUAGAUGCGAAUCAACUCUUAUUUUUUCGCGC